AGUUGGCUCUACUGAAAUAUUAACCUCUAACUUUGUUUUUGUUUCUACUCUUACAAUUAGUGAAAAUUCGAUUUGUACUGAAGUAAAUCCGAAUUAAAGUUUUAAUGUGCUUUCUUUUGAUUGUAAAAUGCAUGUCUGAAUGCCACGGUGCGGUGGAACAGUUUAACAAACAAUUCAGCUCAACAAUUAUAUUUACAAAAUAGUAGCAUACUUCAAAGUUUGAAUGGAUCAACUCUGGAUAAAACUUGUAUUACUCUGACCACCGUACCAUCGGCUAGCAUCGAAAUGUAUCAACUGUCUAUGAUGGAAGAUCGCAUGGGCAUGACUAUUACAUCCGGAAAUGUUGUAAUACAGAAAGAUGCCAGUAAUUUAAUUGGUAUAAGCAUUGGCGGUGGUGCACCACUUUGCCCAUGUCUUUAUAUUGUACAAAUUUUUGAUAAUACACCUGUUGCUUUGGACGGUACUCUUCAAGCAGGCGAUGAAGUUGUUGCAGUGAAUGGGGCAUCAGUAAGGGGUAAAACUAAAGUGGAAGUUGCAAAAAUGAUACAAUCUUGUGAUUCGCAAGUUAGUAUUAAUUAUAAUAAGUUACAUGCUGAUCCAAAACAAGGCCGUACACUUGACAUUGCUCUUAAAAAGGUAAAGCAUAGAUUAGUUGAAGGAAUGGGUAGUACCACAGCUGAUGCACUUGGAUUGUCACGAGCUAUUCUUUGUAACGAUGCUCUUGUCCAAAGAUUAAUGAUGUUAAAACGUACAGAAAAUUUCUAUAGAGGUCUUGUUAUGCACGCUAAAGCUACAUUACAUGCUUUUUAUGAUUUGACACAAAUUUAUAAAGUAUUUGGUGAUGCCUUUGCUGCCAUAGGAGUGCGAGAACCGCAACCACGUGCUAGUGAAGCCUUCAGGCAAUUCGGAGAGCAACAUAGGCAAAUGGAGAAAUAUGGAGUGAUAAUGCUAAAAACUCUGAAACCAAUACUGAGUGAUUUAGGAACAUAUCUUAACAAAGCUAUACCAGAUACACGGUUAACUAUUAGCAAAUAUGCUGACGCCAAAUUUGAAUAUUUGUCCUAUUGUUUGAAAGUAAAAGAACUAGAUGACGAGGAACAGAGCUGCGCCGCUCUGCAAGAACCUCUUUAUCGCGUAGAAACGGGUAAUUAUGAAUAUCGCCUGGUAUUGAGAUGUCGACAAGAAGCUCGCGCGAGAUUCGCAAAGCUUCGCUCAGACGUACUAGUCAAACUUGAACUGUUAGAUAAUAAACAUGUUCAGGAUGUUGUAUGGCAAUUGCAUAAAUUUGCGGCAGGUCUAGCCAAAUAUUAUGCUAACACACGAGAUUUAUUAUCGACAGUAACAUUAUUCCCUGUUGAAGUCGACUUAUCACAUUCCGCAUUUCAAUACAAAUCUAUCGGGCCGCAAACGUUAACGGAUUCGAGUGAGGACAUUGAAGAAUAUGAACCGGAAGAAAAGCAGCAGGACAUAAACGAAGAACUUCUUAUCGACACUUCAAAUUUUUCAUCGGAUUCAAUUAAUAAUACAUAACGAUACUUGAUAAAUUUCUAAAUAAUUUGAUUAUGAUUCCUUUAUAACAGUUGGAUUGUACAUGAGAGCUUUCUAAUUUGAUUUUUGCAAUCGAUACAAUUAGAAUUAAAAUAUACGCACAUAUAUACAUUCGCAUAUGUAAUGUAUAUGUGCGUGUAUUUAUGUGUGUGCAAAUGUUAAAACUUUUUCUCUCUUUCAUCUUUUUAUAUCUUUCAUCUUUUAUAUUUAAUAUAUUAAAUUAUUUAAUUAUUCUGAUUAUAUAUCAAAUUUUAUCUUCUAACAAAAUGUGAAAUUAAUAUAAGUAAAAUUUAAACAGUAUUUAUAUAAUAAAAUAAUUAUAUCCUAAAAUAAUGUUAAUUAUAUUCUCUGAAAUUAUAAAUAAUUAUGAAUAAUUAUAAAUGUUUAUAAACUAUAUAAUAUAUAAUGCUGUAUACAUGUUUACUUAUGUGAUAUACUUUAUUAAUAUAUAUUUGCGAAAAUAAAAUUAUUGCCAAAGA